AGUUCUGCAAAUAUGAUGUCCAUGAACAGCAAGCAGCCUUUCAGUAUGCACCCCAUCCUCCACGAGCCCAAAUACAACCCUCUGCACAGCAGCUCCGAGGCCAUCCGCAGGGCCUGCCUGCCCGGACAAUCGCUGCAGGGCAACAUCUUCGCCGGCUUCGAUGAGACUCUGCUGCAGAGAGCCGAGGCUCUGGCCGCGGUGGACAUCGUGGCCCAGAAGAGCCACCCGUUCAAACCAGACGCCACCUACCACACCAUGACCACCAUGACCAGCAUGGCCUGCACCCCCAAUUCCUCCUCCGGGCACCUGCACCACCCCUCCGUGCUCAGCUCGCACCACCACCCGGGGCACCACCAGUCCGCGCAGGUUCUGGAUGGAGACCUGCUGGACCACCUCACACCGGGGAUCUCCCUGGGAGGCAUGUCCGGCACUGACGUCUGCUCCUCGGCCUCGCACCAAGCGCACGCCGCUCACAUGUCGGCCAUCAACCAGCACAUGCAGCACCACCACCACCAGCAGUCCAUGAACAUGCACCAGCACGCGCUGUCCCACAGCUCCCUGGGGUCCGGCGGCUUAGAUUCAGAGCCAGACCCCCGGGAGCUGGAGUCUUUCGCCGAGAGGUUCAAACAAAGGCGGAUCAAACUCGGGGUGACGCAGGCAGACGUGGGCUCCGCGCUCGCAAACCUUAAGAUCCCCGGGGUGGGGUGUCUGAGCCAGAGCACCAUCUGCAGGUUCGAGUCCCUGACGCUGUCGCACAACAACAUGGUGGCCCUGAAGCCCAUCUUGGAGGCCUGGCUGGAGGAGGCGGAGCGGGCGCAGAGGGAGAAGAUGAACAAGCCGGAGAUAUUCAGCAGUGGGGAUAAGAAGAGGAAAAGAACGUCAAUUGCAGCCCCGGAAAAGCGUUCCUUGGAGGCUUAUUUCGCCGUGCAGCCGAGGCCCUCGUCGGAGAAAAUCGCAGCCAUCGCGGAGAAGCUGGACCUGAAGAAGAACGUGGUCCGGGUUUGGUUUUGCAAUCAGAGGCAAAAGCAGAAACGAAUGAAGUUUUCUGCGACGCACUAG